GCACGGGAUACUGACGUUUUGUCUCCGUCUGUGGCGUCUUUAUCCGCUGAGGAGCAGCGAACCCUUCGAAAUUUCUGGUUGUUAAAUUCCUACUCUAGUAAACCGAAGAAUGUGGUUCCACGAACCGAAGAUAUUGACUCACUUGUGCUUCGCUUUCUACCUGGUUGUGGAACCAUCCAGGGGCUUUCAAAGCCACUUCACGUCGCCGAUCGUCUAUGACCAGAACUCACGACCAGCCAAGGAAUUCCAGGAGGGAGGGCAAUUCUCUCGAUGGUACAACUCGGCACGCCUUGAUUCUGAGUUUACCAAAGACAGAGGGUUUGGGCUUCGUGCGGGAGCCCCCCCGUUCCCGGAGACUGUGUGCAUCGAAGAUUCUGACUGCGUGUCCAAUAUUACACGAGGAUUCACGUGCAAUGCAGAUGUGGAAGGUCAGCUGGGCAACUGCUCGUGCCCCGAGUUUAUGCCGGUGCUGUUGCCAGACAAAGGUUCCUUUCAAUGUUACAAGGUUGGCAACCUGCUAAGCCCGUGCGAGAGAGUGGAGCAGUGCGGCUUCACCAACCAGUACCUCCAGUGCGAAGGUGGUUUCUGCAUAUGCCCAGCAAACAUCACGGUCAAGCUCGGGUUCAAGUGUAUGCCAGCUCGUCCUCUUCACAGUAACUGCACUACCACCGAUAGUUGCUCUGAUCCGUUCACAGUCUGCAAGGAUGGAAGAUGCACCUGCAGGAUUUAUUACAGCGAAAGAGACAAUGCUUGUGUCUAUACAGGAGAAGCAACGUGGAAGAUUAUCUGCAUGUUCGCAUUUCCAGCGCUCAUUGCCAUCGCCAUAGUCAUAUUUCUGGCCCUGGCUUCUUGGGAAAUAAUCAGAGAGCAGCACGUGAGGGACGAAUCUGGAACCUCCUCCACCAGCAUCAUAUUGGCCAUCCCUCUGCUGAAACAUGGUGUUCAGCAGCGGGACACGACAUCGCUUCUUAGUGAAUCCCGGAGCGAGCAAGAUCCACGAGGCGGCGCAGCGCAGCCCAAAGUUCAAUUCCCGUUUGACGCCAAUGAAGGAUAUAAAGGAAGGGACCAUGCAAACAAAAAUCCUCGCGUACGACCAAUUAAAACAGAAACGACGCCCAAGAAAGACCUUUGUCAGAAUGUAGAGAUUCGCCGGUUCAGCUAUCCAGGUUCUGGUACCAAAUUACCCGGAGCAGACCCGGACUUCCUGCUUAAAUAUACAAAGCCGAUGGCGACCGACGAUCCUGUUAUCGAAACACGACAACGUAGCCAGGAUCCCUAUGUUACUGUUGCUCCCCUCGUGUCCUCAUCGUGUCCACGUUUCGGGCCAGUAGUCAAGAUGAUGAGACGCAGCCACUCCAACCCCAACAUGCAGACGAGCAAAAGUGGUCAGCAGGAAGACCCGCAGCGAAGGACAUCGAAGACUGUACGCAUCGGAGCCCAAGAGAUAUCGAGGACGGUGACGUACGUGCCGUGCGCCGUGGAGUCUAAUAACGUGAAUGGCGCGACCGGUUCAACCCCAUGGCUCCCGUUGGACGAUGAUGUAUUUGUAGUGCGCUUCCCGAAGAUAGCUGCGCCCUCGCGCAGGUCUAUUGAUGAUGCUCUACGAACCGUCGUGGGCAAAAACAAAUCGCGAAAGGAAGUCCACCACCAAGGUGAAGCCUUAUCGAAAGAUGUAUGUGUAGAAGACAGCCUGCUGUCACUGGAGGAGCUCGGACUCACCAGUGCAGACUUUCCAGACACUGCCAACAGCACAAGCGCACUUGAGUUGCCGCAACUUGGAUGGGAUGCAUUGUCUAAGCGCUUUCCACAGCUUGCUCAGCUGGAUCUGCCUGCGUGUGCUGAUCCACCCAAUCCAUUUGAUAUAUAACAAGGGGGCUACUAAAUCACAUUUAGCUAUAUAAAAUUUUCACACAUUCUAUAAGCUAAUAAUGUGUGCAGAACUACAUAGGGUAAUUCAAUGUGAGGCCGAAGUAUAAAGUCGUAAAAAACAGUAUUGACCUAGACAUGGUUCAGAAAGAUUGAACUAUAUGUAAACACCUCUUCUUUGAGUUUGCUCUUUAUUAAACAGAUAUUUUACAGUGUAUUAAUACGCGUAGAUUAUACUGGUUCAGACACUUGUCGACUUAUGACGAGCUGUCUAUUGUGUGAAGGUCGAUUUGUUCCGCAUCCACGCGCUUUGACGUAUGCUUAGUGUGGCUUUCUGUUACCUGGUGUGGACCACUGUGAUACGUACGAGGGGAUGUUCAUUCAUUGUUAUGGGAACUAGAAGAAAGCUGCUCCGUUUAUUACACAACCUGCCAUUUGAUGCUGAGACAAGGAUAAUUGAGACGAAAAGCCCCCUUGGGCGUUACUUCAUAAUGAUUUCUUUGUACUUCUGGUAAGCUUUCUUGUAGCAUCUCUGAAAAGCGAAAAGGAAAGGAUCCGAAAUAAAUCGAGGUCCAAGGCGUACAUUUUUAGCAAGAGUUAUCAAAAUAAAAAUGGAAUGGAAUUACCA